AUGUCAAGCAAAUCACUAGCCCGCGAGGAAGCUGCAACUCGGCGGCGGCGGCCGGCGGCCAUCGAAGCCGAUGAGAAGGUGUAUGUAGCAGUUGGUAAGAUCGUGAAGGAGAGCAAGUCGGUGCUGACAUGGACUCUGCAGAACAACUCCGCCGGAAAGAAGAUUUGCAUCAUCCUCGUUCACCAACCAUCCAACAAGCUCCCUCUCUUUGGUGGGAUUCAAGAGGCGGAAACCCGGAAGCGCCACGAGAAGGAAAGGAGUGCUGCUCAUAAGAUUCUGGAUGACUACAUCUCAAUAUGUCAGAAAAUGGGGUUUCGAGCUGAGAAAUUGAUGGUCGAGAACGAUUCGAUAGCGAAAGGGAUUCUGGAGAUCAUUUCUAGCUAUGGUGUUAGAAACCUUGUUAUGGGAGCAGCAUCUGAUAGUAGAUAUUCAAGGAACAUGAUGGAGGUCAAGUCGAGGAAGGCGAUAUCCGUGCGUCUCCAGGCUCCUGCGCUUUGCCAAAUUUGCUUUGUCUGCAAAAGCCGCCUGAUCAACAUAAGGGAAGGAAUUUCCGAUGUGGGUAAUUACGUGAGGUCUUUCGUCGACCAGCCCGACUUCAAUUUCCAGCAAGAACAGCCGACCACGCUAUUCAGAUCUCGGUCGGCCGUUCACCGGCGGAGCGGAUUGCUACAGCUGGCCACCGCACCACAAGACUCGCUCUCCGAGGUGAACGGUGGCUGCUACGGUGGUGGUGGUGGAGGCGGCAGAGUAUCGUGUUCCACUACGACGAUCACGGACGAAAACGACGGCAAUCCAUCGACUCCGCGAGACACGUCGGCCGAAUUCAACGGGAGCGAGUCGAGGAGCCCUCGGAGCUCCGUCCUGUCGCUGUCUUCCUCCGGCGGGAUCGCCGUCGGCAGCGUGGGUGCGAAUAGUAAUUUCUCCAGGUUCCUAGCGCCGGUGGGAAUGGAGCUGAUGAACUCGGAUUCCAUUUCCAAACACGAUGAACCGAUUGGUGGUGACCAUCUGAAGCGAGCCGUGGGAGAUCCGUCGACGUUGUCAUCAGGGAAUUCGCGGCGGGAAUCGCUGGACGACGCAGUGAGACGAGCCAAGGCUGAGAAAGAAGCGUUCGAGGAAUUCAUCAGCUUGAAGAGAGAUGCCCUGGAUGAAGCCGUCCGACGAGCCAACGCCGAAAAAGUUGCUUCCGAAGCCAUAGAAACGGCCAAAGCACUGGAGAACCUGCUUUCGGAGGAGUUGAAGCGGAGGAAGGAAACAGAGGCUAUCCUCUCAAAAGAGAAGGAGGAACUUCGGGUUGCCUUGGAACAGAAGAACAGGCUCGACAGACAAAUGGCGGAUUACUAUCAAAUGGUGAAAGAGCUGGAGCAGAAGAUCAUCUCCGCUGUGGAACUUAUGAAGCAUUACAAGCAAGAGCGAGACGAAUUGCAGAUCGAGCAUGAUAACGUGACAAAGGAGGCAGAGGAGCUGAAGAGAGCCAGAGCAGAGCAGGCUUCCACUUCGGCAGCAGAACCACCACCCACGACCCAAUUGUCGCCUCUGUUCACCGAAUCGGAAAUCGAAGAAGCCACCAACAACUUUUCCGAUUCGGUCAAGAUCGGAGAAGGCGGAUUCGGCAAGAUUUACAAAGCCGAGCUCCGAUACACCCAGGUCGCCAUCAAGUUGCUCGACCCAAAUGGCUUGCAGGGCCCCGCCGAGUUUCACAAGGAGGUGGAUAUCCUGAGCAAAAUGAGGCACCCAAAUCUGGUGACUCUGAUCGGAGCCUGCCCUGAAUCGUAUGCUCUGAUUUACGAGUACUUACCCAACGGAAGCCUGGAAGACCGGUUGAACCGAAAGGGCGAUUCGACUGCGCUGCCGUGGCGAAUCCGGCUCCGAAUCGCCGCCGAGAUCUGCUCCGUCCUGAUCUUCCUCCACUCCUGCAAACCGCAGAGCAUAGUCCACGGCGACGUCAAGCCGUCCAACAUCCUCCUGGACGCCAAUUUCGUCAGCAAGCUGAGCGACUUCGGGAUCGCUCGCUGGCUACACAACAGGGAAGGUUCGAGCGCGAAUCGGACCGUGUUCUGGCGGACCGACCCGAAGGGGACCCUGGCGUACAUAGAUCCGGAGUUUUUCGGCACCGGGAAGCUGACGGCGAAGUCUGAUGUGUACUCGUUUGGGGUGAUUCUGCUGCGGCUGCUGACGGGGAGGCCGGCGGUCGGGUUGCCGACGGAGGUGCAGUGCGCGUUGAGCGACGGGCACCUGGAAGAGAUUCUGGAUCCGUCGGCCGGGGAAUGGCCGCUGCGGCGAGCGGAAGAGCUGGCGAAGAUGGCGCUGAGGUGUUGCGAGUUGAACCGGCAGAGCCGGCCGGAUCUUGCGGCGGAGGUGUGGGGAGUGCUGAAGCUCUUUUUUUUUUUGGACGACAGAGAACGGUGA